GAAGAACAGUCAUGAAGACAGCGAUCGUUUUACUACUAGCAGUUGCAGCAGCUGUGGCCACCCCUAUUGCUGAGCAGAGAAUAUCUGGCGAAGGUGGUUGGUAUGUGCCCCAACUGGAUGGAUCUUUGCAGUGGAUGACUGAGGCUGAAGCCGAGGCAUUGAGUGAAACAGCAACCAGCCGUGCCUCUGCUACACUUUAUUUCCAUUUGUACACCCGCGAGAACCCAACUACUGCGGAUACUCUGGACACCGAUGACACCGAAUCUUUGCAGAAAUCCCACUUCGACAAAGAUUAUCCCACAAUAAUCAUUAUUCAUGGUUGGCAAUCCGACUUUGACUCCGAUUUGACAACAUUGAUCCGUGAUGCGUAUUUCUCCAAGGGGUAUUACAACAUUAUUGCAGUAGACUGGAGCGACAAGGCGCAAAGUCUCAAUUAUGCUGCCUCUGUGCUGCGUGUUCCUGGUGUUGGUAAACAAGUAGCUGGAUUUAUUGACUUUUUGUACACGGACGGUGGUUUAUCAUUCGAGUCCUUGCAUUUAAUCGGUCACAGUUUGGGUGCUCAUGUAUCCGGUUAUGCAGGAAAGAAUGUGAAAUAUGGACGCAUUCAGCAAAUUACUGGUUUGGAUCCUGCUUUACCAUUGUUCAGUUAUGAUGAGCCCGCAAAGCGUUUGAACCAAAAUGAUGCCGCCUAUGUUGAGUCCAUCCAGACUAAUGGUGGUACGUUGGGUUUCUUGAAGCCAAUUGGCAAAGGAGCUUUCUAUCCCAACGGUGGCAAGAGUCAACGUGGUUGUGGAAUCGAUCUUGUCGGUUCGUGCGCUCACUCACGCUCAUAUAUAUACUAUGCUGAAGCUAUUGGCAGCGAUAAUUUCCCAUCUAUAAAGUGCGGUGAUUAUGAAGAGGCUGUUAGCAAGUCUUGUGGUCAAACUUAUUCUUCGAUUCGCAUGGCCGCCACCAGUAACUUCGUGAGUGCUAAUGGUGAGUUCUAUGUUCCAGUGAACAAGAAGAGUCCCUUCGGUAUGGGUAGCUAAAUCUUCGCAGCUUGUCUGAUAUUCAGUGUAAACGUUGUAAGAAU